AUGAACCAGGUGCUUCGAACUUCUUUUUUUCAUUAUCUCGUUCUUCUUUCCUUAGUUUUUAUCAGUUCGUUUCGAAGAUGACCAUUUUUCAGAACAAUAUUUUCCGUUAGCCUGCGAGUCCUGUAAACAAAACACGUCAUUUUUUCCUUAAAGCAUCAAAGACCGCGUGUUUCUGUGUUUCUCUGCUCUGAAUGUUCUCGUGUUUGUCAGUGUCUGGUAGGCGAGAGAGUUCUGGAUAUUGGACUCAAAACAUUUUUGCAUUCAUUUCUGCUUUCUGAAGUUAGUGUGGUUUUAUUCGUUUCCAUUCUUUCACAGUGUUUCAUGAGACGUCUUUUAAUAUUUUUAAAACUUCAUCAAGGGCCUCUUGAGAUCUUCUUGGAAAUAAGAAAUAGUAGGAUUUAUUCGUGAUUUUGAAUCUAGCACAAUAUCAUCAAUUGAGGAGAUGUUUUGGGUACGCAAUUCAGAAAAUUACUUUUUAUUCGAUUUGCGUUUCGAUUUUUAAAAUUUGCUUUUUUUCCAUUGGAAGAUUUUUUAGAUGCAAAAGCACGAAGAAGAGGUUAUCGAGCACAUUGGAGAGCUAGGUGACUCCGUGAAAGCGAAGCUACGGACUCAUGCCCCGGUGGUGGAUGAUACUUUGACUGACAUAGUGAGUUUUCAUUUUGAACUUAAUUUUUCUUCAAUUUCUAACAAAGUUUUAAAAAUGAUUUUCUAUUAGACAGAGGAUGUGGACGAGAUAGAAGAGGAUAAUACGGACAAAGUUCACAUCGGGGAAUUGGGCAGGAACGUGAAGAGCGAACUGCGAGCAUCUCCUUACGUGUAAGCUUAACCCCCUAUUUUUUUGAAAAUCAAUUGUUUUUCAGCAAUGUUGUCCCGGGAGGCCCUGAAAGUUUCGGGUUAGUUUCCCGAUGUUUGUUUGGAAAGACAGAUUCUUAUCGUAUUCUCAAUUAAAGAUUAAUUAUUUUUACGCAAAAAUAUAAGUUUGGCGGUGGUUUGAGGCAAAAACCAUCUAGUUUACAAAAUUUCUCAAUAGUUUAAGAACACCCGAAAUGAUAGGAAAGCUGUUGAACGCCUUGACUUGCCGAAUAAAACUAACUUGGAAACUGGAUUGGAAAAGUUGCUGCUCAUGAUGGAUUUUUGAAAGCAGUUGAAAAAAUGAAAGAAAAUUGUACCUUGUAAAUAACGAUGUAUGACAUGCGCAUCUCCAUAAUUUCUGCCGAUUUUUGUUUUGACUAUCUAUUUAUUUCAGAAAAGAAGUUCUCAACUUUUGGAAUGACCAUUAUCACAAGCUGAUAAUGGUCGUGAUAGUUCUGGCCGCCUAUUGGGCUAAUGAACGGUUCAACGAAAUCGCGGCGCAGACUUAUUCAGAGGACCAGACUCUCGCUUCUCGCCAGGUAUUUUAUCUGUUUUGCGAGUUCCUUCAUCUUCAAAUUUGAGGGAUUCUACAAAGAGUACAUCAAGGAGGCGAAGGCUCUCGUCGGAAACUACAAAAACUUGCCGCAAAUCAAGAGUGAUCUCAUCAAUUCGAUCGGCAGUAAGGUUGGUUUUCCAGAAAAUGAUUUGGUUAUUAAUUUCUCAUUUCAGAUAUUUUUGGAAGAUGACGACAAACCGACUGUCCUGUUGGCCGCUGGACCAAAGUCCGCUCAGUUUAUCUACGACAUUGGCGAAAUGAUGAUGCGGGCUCAGAAUUCUGCUUUGAAGCCGAAUACGAUCCAAGUGAACGGGGUCGGAAUCGAGCCACAAAAGUUCAACGCGACUAUUCAGCAAGGUUUUUUUCUUCAAUUGCAAGGAAAAGCAUUGUUCAGUAUAGAAUAUUUUGAUAUAUUUCAACUGCUUCCUUUGCCAUUAUUUCUUCUGGCUGGUUCGGUAAUUGCAUGUCGUUGAUUUGCAUUAGAAAAAAAAACAUUUCAUUUUCUUAGUACCUUACGGCUUAGAAAAAAACAGAGCUUUUUUUGAGCUUUCCCUAUAUCAGUGUCACUUUGAAAAAUGGUGGACUAAACAAGUCCCAUUGAAAACAGACCAAGUUUAUCAAAAUAUUUCUUUGCGCAAAGAUCGUAUAACGGAAAUCACUAAAUUCUUUGAAAAAGGGAUAUUCAAAAAUCCGUUUGAAUUUCGGUGUCAUUUCCAGCGCUGCAAGCCCAGGUGAAUACUGGUUUGGGAGUUCACGUUGCGACGAUCCCAGACAUUGAGAAGCUUUCUUGGGAAUCCGUUCAGGUCAUCGAUUCCUUCGCAGAUCCUUCGGACUACAAAGUGGGUUCAUCCAUCGCUGAUCAGCUGUUUCAUUCCAUUUUCAGGUGAAAAGAGUGUUCAUGUUGCUGUCGACUGCAGAACUCGCCGACGUGAACGUCGAUAACUGUGAGCAGUCUGUUCUCAGGUUCUUUUUCUUCCCUAAAUUCAAACAAUUUCCUAAUGAAAUUCAGCCUUUUGAACAAGUACUGGACGACAAACGGCGCAACUACUGAAGAAGUGACUCCCGUCUUCUUGCACAUUGCCCAAAACAUCGUUUGUGUUGUAUAA